UGGGAGAGCCAUUUGAUGCCAGGCUGUGGCUGCUGCAGGCAGUGAGGGACAGAGCCGCCGAGGACAGGCUCCUACACCCGGCCAGCGCUCUCCUCCUCACCCGCCCGGAGGGGGGGCUCCUGCAGGCGAUGUGCCCGCAUCAGCGCCGGGCUCCGGGCAUCCCCGGCUUGCACCCAGGCGUGUGAAACAGAUGGAGGUACCGGGGUCGGCAUGGGAAUGAUGAGCUGCCCCGGGGUCAGCGUCUUGCUGUUUUCCCUCCUGCACCUGGCUCUAGGAUAUUUAACGGUCACCAUCGAGCCGCUUCCUCCCGUGGUGGUGGGAGACGCGGUGACCCUAAAAUGCAACUUCAGGACGGACGGGCGGAUGCGGGAGAUCGUGUGGUACCGGGUGACAGACGGGGGCACCAUCAAGCAGAAAAUCUUCACAUUCGAUGCCAUGUUCUCCACCAACUAUUCUCAAAUGGAGAAUUAUCGCAAGAGGGAAGACCUGCUGUACCAGUCCACCGUGCGGCUGCCGGAGGUGCGCAUUUCAGACAACGGACCCUACGAAUGCCACGUUGGGAUCUACGACCGGGCCACGAGGGAGAAAGUGGUCCUGGCAUCGGACAACGUGUUUCUCAAUGUCAUGUCCCCUCCUAUCUCCAUCGCAGUGAUCGCUGCCGAUACGCCGGCUCCAUUCAGCAGGUACCAAGCCCAGAAUUUCACCCUGGUGUGCAUUGCGUGCGGAGGAAAGCCAGCUCCACAGGUUUAUUUCAAGCGGGACGGGGAAUUGAUAGAAGUCAUUCCCAUGUUGGAGCCGCCACCUGCCGCUGCUGGACUGAUGAAUAACCGGGGCUCCCGGAACCUCCUAAACCGAGACAUGGAUGAUACUAAAAUGCAAAAAUCCCUUUUACUUUUGGACACGGAGGAACGGGGACCGAACACUUUCACGGAGAUCCCACUCCGCGGACGCAGCUCUGACCAAGGGCCCAUGUCCAGCCCGGUGACCGAGGCCAUUCCAGAGACAGUGGUCAGCUUGGAGUUCCCACGUUGGGUCCACAGUACAGACCCUACUUAUUUCUUCCACCAAAUGCAUCUUCCAAUGAGCGAUGGGACAGUGGAGGUCCGAGCUAUGCUCACGUGGACCCUAAACCCGCAAGUAGACAAUGAAGCACUCUUCAGCUGUGAGGUCAAGCACCCGGCACUGACCAUGCCCAUGCAGUCGGAGGUCACAUUAGCUGCUCCGAGAGGGCCCAAAAUAACGAUGACGCCAACCAGAGCUCGUGUGGGGGACACGGUCCGCAUGGUAGUGCAAGGCUUUCAGAAUGAAGUCUUUCCUGAGUCUCUCCUUACAUGGACCCGGGUUGGCGGGAGGCUGCUGGAUGGCAGCUCAGAGCAUGACGGGAAGGAGCUGGUCCUGGAACGGGUCCCAGCUGAACUAAACGGCUCUAUGUACCGAUGCACAGCUCAGAAUCCGCUGGGUUCUACAGACACGCAUACCAGAUUAAUAGUAUUUGAAAAUCCCAAUAUUCCGAGGGGAACAGAAGACUCAAACGGUUCCAUCCCGGUGUACAGCUACUCCAGACCCUUACUGGUGCUCUUAUUAAUGACAGUGAUCCUGGAACUCACGUGAAAUUCGGAAUGCUUGCCUAACUCCCCCC